AAUUAAUUGUUUAGCACAUAGCAAUCUGUUUCGGGAGUGGUCAAACAACAACGCCCACCAUGGAAAUAUGAUCUUUUACUUGCUUUUCCUUGUCGGACCCUCAUUCACGACCCAAGUUCCCCGGAUUCCAGCCGCCUUCGCUAAAUCGACCGUAACGUGUGAGGUGGAGUUUGAUAGCCCAGUUAGGAGAGUCUACCCUGAAUAUAGUAUAGUAACAGGGGAGCGGUUUAUCGCUCAACUACACCUCCCCUCCUGCUCCAUUUCCUCUCACCAGACCCACGCCAGCUCACCAUGUACAGACGACACGUGCUCGGACCAGUCCACGAGUGUAGUCAAGGUAGAUAACACCACCCUCUACUUCUGCUACUCUGAUAACGAGGACCCUAAACCCUUCACUGCUAACCUCCUACCUAAUAACACCUACGAAUAUACAAGUGGAGGACUUUCAGAGAUUUGUCUUGAUGACGUAAAUAAGACCUCCUUCACAAAUCUAAACCUUGAUGAUGGAUUGCUCUAUGUCGCUUCAGGAUCUUUUGAUACAGGCCUCAAAUAUUACAAUAUUUCUAAAGAGGAAUUAAGAGAGCCUCCCAGUCCAACGAAUAGAGGAGGUGAAGUAGUGGAAAUGACAGGGAUGUUCGUAAGAGGAGACUAUAUCUACACUGUUUAUCUGGAUAAAGAUGUCAGUCGGAUAACAAGGUCCUGCAAGAGGGAUCUGUCCAGUUUUACAAGGCAACUAACAACCUUUACUGUUGCUAAGAUACAGUGUCUCAACUCUGUUAACAGCGAAGAGGUAAUAUUAGAUCGAGUGUUAGCGUUGGAAUUCGACAGUGACUUAGAUAAACUGUUCAUAUUGACUACCAAGAAACCAGUGACAUCCUCCAUUGUGGCUCUGUGUGUUAUAGACGUGGCUACUGAUAUUGAUGACGUGUUUGAUACUGCAGAUUACGAAAAUUACGAUAUCGACGGAAAACUGAUACAGUCACCGCAAGGAGUGAUAGAUUGCUCCACUUCAAGGAACGGAGAAGUGCAGACAGUUUGUGUUGACCCAGUCAGGACCUCCAGUGUAGCUGCAACUCUUGAAUACACUGAUGUUUUCACCUUCACUUCAUACAAGACAUUAGACCAUCAUAUGUUCUACUUUCUAUGUGAUGACAGUAUCUACGUGUACCAGUACUACCCGGACACUGAUAAAACUAAGGGAUUAGUAGAUGUCUUCUUGUGGGAAGAAGCCUCCUCCAUUUCAAUAUACGAGGAUAAGUUGUAUCUGACCCUGGAGGAGAGUGUUUUUAUUACUGAUCCUUACUGGUGCUCUUUCUAUGGAAGGGACCCGAUAGGUUGUAUUGGCUCUAUGCACCCGAGUUGUUCGUACUCAAAAACACAAAGUCGGUGCUUGUCAAAAACUGAGUGCGCUGAAACAGACGAGUGUGUGCAGGACCUAGAGUCAGGAUCCUUCUCAGCCAGGUUUCCUGAGGGGUACAGUUACCAGAUAAUAGGUACUGAGUGUCUGAACCAGAAGAUAUACUCCGACCUCACUGUAACCAUCUUCCCCAACUCUACUGUCACUACUGUCACCACUUACAGAGAUUGCAGUGAUGGCCCUGUUAACCCUGUCACCAGAAAACCAGAUCCAGUGGUCCAAAAUUCUGAUUUCUUCAGUCCUAGAGAAAUCGGAUUUCUAGCCGGAAUGGCCGGUUUCGCCGCUCUUUCGCUAUUUCUCAUCAUCAUUGUCUGCAAGGGCAAAAACAAGGUAAAUAUCUGUAAUGGUUUCAAACUAGACCCCCCAAAGAUAAAGUACACAACUGAAGACAAGCAAGCAAUAGUGGACCCCACCACCCCCACCACCCCCACAUCUGACUGCUUCAACGUUACUAAUGGACAUCAACUGGUCAUCAGAAAUCCUUCGGCUAAUGCGGAUGAUGAUCUGUAUGACACUGUAGAUUACUCGGAUGAACUUCGACUUAGGGUGGCUUCAACGUCCGAACAGAGAUAGUAUUUUUCCAAAUCUGUCUAUCCAGCAUGAGUUUGUUUAUCUCCUUGCUGUCGUCAAGCCCCGUGUCCCUCCGAAGGAUGUAAAUAUAUGUGAUAAUCGUCACAACAUCUACAGCUUUCUUGUGAACUCAGAUUGAGAUGAAUGGAGAGAUGACUGCGUAUUUUCAAUAGCUCUUGUGAUUUUGUCUGCUUAUGAUGCUUAUGAUGAGCUGUUAAAAGAAUAUCCACAGGAUUAAUUCUUAAUUUUGAGUAAAUUUAUUUUGUUUUUACUGGUUGAUAACAUAUUAUGAUUCUUAAUCUUUGAUUUGUAUAUUUUUGAUCCAGAAAGAAUUUUAUCAUCUUUCAUAACAUCGCAUGAAAUGUUAUUGCUUACAUUGCUUGAUAUUUUGCUAUUUUUAGAGCCAACUUGCUCAGCCAAAUAUUGAUACUGUAAAACAAGAAGUAUAAAUUACUUGCUAUGCAUGCAACUAUUUGCACUAUAAAAAAAAGAUAAUCAAGUAGUAAACAAAGAUAAUCAAGUAGUGUUUAUAUACAAGCGCAAGAAACAAUUUGAUGUUAAAAUCUUUCAACUUUAAAAUCAAAAGAACCAUAAUUGAAAUUAGCCUUAUCAAGAUUCAAAAACAUUUUAUUGGAGUAAGCUGACAGCUCGCUGGUCAAUUUUACCAAUUUUCAGG